AAGAUAAGAAAUGUGCUGUAUAUCUGAUGAACAGUGAAUGAGUACACGAAUAUUGGAUGAAUAAUGCUGAUGAAGGAUGGAGGAUGAGGAUGAAAAUAUUCCUCAUAUUCUAGCACCGGGACACUCACCUGGAUGUUUAAUCUGGGCUUGCAGGGCUUGUAAAAGAGGAACAGUAAGAAUAGACAGAAGGCAUGCUGCAACUAUGAGGGAGAGAAAGCGUUUAAGAAAGGUAAAUGAAGCAUUUGAGAUUUUACGUCAGCAUACUUCAAAUUCUCCAAAUCAAAGAUUGCCGAAGGUUGAGAUUUUAAGAAACGCAAUCUGCUACAUUGAAUCUUUAGAGACCUUGCUUGCUUACACAACAAAGAUCAGGGUUAGGUGGCUAUUUGUUGGGGUUGUUUGAUUUCCAUACGCGUCAUAAACGGUCAUUACGAUCAGGUUGUGUAAAUCUCAGAACAUAACAGUUAGAAUUGUUUACUUCACGAACAUGGGCAAAAUUCUUAACAAUUCCUUUUCUUAAAAUAGUUUUUUUAUAAUUUUUCCCACAACACAUUUUAUUUUCCCCAACCAAAACUGACAUUUUUUCCACACAAAACCUGACAUUUUUCAUUAUGAUAAUUCUUUUCAAUAAAAGCACAUUAAUCUAUUGAAGACGCUAAUCCAUUCUUUCAUUUGUUCCAUUAUUCCACGAUCCUAUUCAUCUAUCAACCUUUCUAUAUAUAUCUAUCUACAAACCAAAAUGAUAGAAAAUAUGAAUCGAGUUUUGCCAUAAAUAUAUCAAAGCUUUUUAUGCUAUCUUUUUCUAUAGUUGGACACGUUGAAAAAAUAUCUCUUUAUGGAUAAGAUAACCAUAAUUUUUUUCUCGCAAAUGAUUUAGUGCUUUAAGUAGUCUUGGUCAAAAGUCAUAAUUAUUAAAUCUUUAAAAAGUUAUUCAUUGACUAGACAACUCUGAAAGUUAGUCAUCAAAGAAAUUGAGUUUUUACCACAAACUUUUAUUUUCUAAUCACUAAAUUUUUCGAACCCGAUGCUGUAGACCUUGGAUAUUUCAAACUAUGAAUUAUGUUAGAUCAAAUAAACAUAGUUUGAAAUAGCAUAGGUAAACAUCUUUAGUUAGGAGAAAUAUAGUGAUUAGACUUUUUGAAUUUGUGGCAAAAACUCAAUUCCUUUUUAGACAGCACUUUAAAGUUUCACAAAGCCUUGGCCUUUCAGUUUACCUCACCAACUCACUUAUACUGUUCUGUAGUCCCGGGGACAUUUUAAAAUUGCAAAGUGCUUGUUAGUUGUUCCUAGCUUAAGUCGAAAACAAGUAAUUGGCAAAAUACUGUUUGAUUUUUGAACUAGAGUUUGCAGUGUGUUUGAUUCCUAAUUAAAUAAUUGUCUAGUUACACAAUUGAUUUCUGAAACCGAGUUUUUAUAAAAUUCUUAAAUUUAGAAUCUUUCAUCAAAUUCUCUUCAAAUUUAAAAGUCAUAUUAAAAUAACUUAA